CACUUUGUCUCUCCCUCCUCCCUCUGUCUCUAUCUCUGUCUCUCUCGCUUCUUCCUGCCCCCCUUCCCUCCAAUCUGUGCUCCCCCCAGGAGCCAGAUGUUCCUAAACACAAACCUGAUCUCUUCCUAAUCUCUUCCUUCCGGCCUCCACCCCUUCUGAGUUUUGGCUGUCGGGAGCCGCUCCCUGCAGGUGGGACCACCCGUAUAACAGGAGGAGGAUAACAGGAGGAGAGGCCGGAAGGACCGUGAGGUGGCUGAGGUCCUUAGAGGGCUGCCCGGGGCUCUGGGCAGGUGCUGCCCCUCGGGAGGGCCAGUUGGGGGGGAGGCCCCAGAAGGAGGGCACCCCCACCCCACCCGCGCACGGGGCCUUGGGGACUGUCUUUGUCCCUGCUCCUCCUGGGCCCCUGUGUCAGCCCCCAGCACAGGCUGCCUCACGUUGCUCUGUGGAAGGCAGGAGUCCUGCUGUCACCAGGAAGGCAGUGGGUCGGGCGGCUUCAGGUCUAACAGCUCUGGGGACCCAGAGGUGGCCAGGGUGGUUCCAGCCCGUGAUAAGCCCAGGGUCCUCUUGGCCCAGCCUGGAGGGCCCCCUGGGCCCCUGGGUACUGGUGGGAACCCCCGGCCCUUUGAGCAGCUAUUCAGCGCUCGGGCUGGGCGGGGCUGAGCUGGGAGGGGCGAUGGCCACCCCCAGGCCAUGGCUCCACUGCCCCCCCUCCAGGCCAGCAGCCCCCACACCCAGCGUGGGCUUCCUGCAGGUGGGCAUGUGCGGGCGGCUGGGGGCAGGGCCUGGGGUCCCGCUGAGCCAGGCGGGUCAGCAGAGAGCCUGUUUGCCUUGGGUCCUUGCUCAGGGGAGUGUCCAGGCAGCCACCUGGCCGGGAGGGCGGCUCACCUGUGCGCGUUUGCACAGGGGAGGGGCGGCCUGCGCCUUGGAGCGGCCUCCGGUGGGCGGCCCCGCUGGCCCCAGGGCGGGCGCCCCGCAGAUAAGGCAUUAACAGUCCAGCGGACGGACGCGCCCCGCAGAUCUGCUGACGGCUCCGUUCUGCCCGGUGCCUGGGGUGAGGUGCCAAAGGUUCUCUAUAAAGCGCGGCACUCUCGGCCCACGGCCACUCGCCCUCUGGCUCCUGCCCUGCCCACAGCGUGCUCGGAACCGGCCCAGAGACCACCAUGGUGAGGCUCGUGCUGCCCAACCCCGGCCUGGAGGAGCGGAUCCCCUCGCUGGACGAGCUGGAGACCAUCGAGCACCAGGAGGCCGGCUCGAGGCCCCAGUGGGACAACAAGGCCCAGUACAUGCUCACCUGCGUGGGCUUCUGCGUGGGCCUGGGCAAUGUGUGGCGCUUCCCCUACCUGUGCCAGAGCCACGGAGGAGGUGCCUUCAUGAUCCCCUUCCUCAUCCUGCUGGUGCUGGAGGGCAUCCCCCUGCUUCACCUGGAGUUCGCCGUGGGGCAGAGGCUGCGCAGGGGCAGCGUGGGCGUGUGGUCCUCCAUCCACCCGGCGCUGAAGGGCUUAGUCCCUCCCGCAGGCAUCGCGUCCAUGUUCGUGUCCUUCAUGGUGGGCCUGUACUACAACACCAUCAUCGCCUGGGUCAUGUGGUACUUCUUCAACUCCUUCCAGGACCCGCUGCCCUGGAGCCAGUGCCCGCUCAACUCGAACCUGACAGGCUACGUGGAGGAGUGUGCCAGGAGCUCCUCCGUGGACUACUUCUGGUACCGCGAGACGCUCAACAUCUCCACCUCCAUCAGCGACUCGGGCUCCAUCCAGUGGUGGAUCCUGCUCUGCCUCACCUGCGCCUGGAGCGUGCUCUACGUGUGCAUCAUCCGUGGCAUCGAGACCACGGGGAAGGCCGUGUACGUCACCUCCACGCUGCCCUACGUGGUGCUGACCAUCUUCCUCAUCCGGGGCCUGACACUGAAGGGCGCCACCAACGGCAUCGUCUUCCUCUUCACGCCCAACAUCACAGAGCUGGCCAACCCGGUCACCUGGCUGGACGCGGGAGCGCAGGUCUUCUACUCCUUCUCCCUGGCCUUCGGGGGCCUCAUCUCCUUCUCCAGCUACAAUUCUGUGCACAACAACUGCGAGAUGGACGCGCUGAUCGUGUCUGUCAUCAACGGCUUCACUUCGGUGUACGCGGCCACCGUGGUCUACUCCAUCAUCGGCUUCCGCGCCACUGAGCGCUACGACGACUGCUUCAGCACGAACAUCCUGACCCUCAUCAACGGGUUCGACCUGCCGGAGGGCAGCGUGACCCCCGAGAACUUCACGGAGGUGCAGCGCUGGUGCAACGCCAGCGACCCCGCGGCCUACGCCCAGCUGCAGUUCCAGACCUGCGACAUGAACUCCUUCCUCUCGGAGGGCGUGGAGGGCACGGGCCUGGCCUUCAUCGUCUUCACCGAGGCCAUCACCAAGAUGCCGGUGUCCCCGCUGUGGUCGGUGCUGUUCUUCAUCAUGCUCUUCUGCCUGGGCCUGUCCUCCAUGUUCGGGAACAUGGAGGGUGUCGUCGUGCCCCUGCAGGACCUCAGGAUCGUCCCCAAGAAGUGGCCCAAGGAGCUGCUCACAGGCCUCAUCUGCCUGGGCACCUACCUGCUGGCCUUCAUCUUCUCGCUGAACUCGGGCCAGUACUGGCUGUCGCUGCUGGACAGCUACGCCGGCUCCAUCCCGCUGCUCAUCAUCGCCUUCUUCGAGAUGUUCUCCGUGGUCUACGUGUACGGCGUGGACAGGUUCAACAGGGACAUCGAGUUCAUGAUCGGCCACAAGCCCAACGUGUUCUGGCAGGUUACGUGGAGGGUGGUCAGCCCGCUGAUCAUGCUGGUCAUCUUCCUCUUCUUCUUCGUCGUGAAGGUCAACGAGGAGCUCACCUACAGCGUCUGGGACCCCGGCUACGAGGAAUUUCCCAAGUCCGAGAAGGUCUCGUACCCGGACUGGGUGUACGCCGUGGUGGUGGUCGUGGCCGGGGUGCCCUGCCUCACCAUCCCUGGCUUUGCCAUCUACAAGCUCAUCAGGAACCGCUGCCAGGGGCCAGGGGAGCACCAGGGGCUGGUCAGCACUCUGUCCACGGCCUCCAUGAACGGGGACCUCAAGUGCUGAGGGCCCAGCCACAGUGCCCGCAGACUGUCGGGAGGGGAGCCCAGGCCCCGGGGGUGGUGGCUGGGCUGCACGUGUGUGUGAGCGCAUGAGUGUACAGUCAUGUAUGUAUUUUACAUGCACACGUGUAUUGUGUAUGCAUGCAUGUACAUGUAUUACAUGUGUUUGUGUACAUUGGUAUGUGUAUACAUAUUUAUGUGUGUACGCGAGCAUGUAUAUAUGUAUGCAUCAGUGUAUUGUGCCUAUGUGUGCCGUGUGUAUCUGUUUACGCAUGUUUGUGUGAGCACGCAUGUGUAAGCGUAUAUACACAUGUGUGCAUAUGUGUCUGAGAGUGCAUGAAUGUGUAUGUGUGCAAGAGCACAUAUACGUGUGUAUAUGUGCUAUUUAUGUAUGUGGACACA